AUGUUGAAUAUAUCUCUAUAAUAUAUUUUAUAUGAUGAUUAAAAGUAAAGAAGUGUUAUAGGCUUGAACAAAAUUGAUAGAUGGGUUGAGUUGAUAUAUGAUUAUAGGAGAGAUUCUUAAAAUGGUAAAAAAAAGGUAGGCGAGAUAAAUUUUUUGAGUUAUUACAGGUUUGAAUUAAUGUAAGAACAAAAUAAAAAAAUCACUUAUUGGUGGUGGAUCUUUUAAGAAAAUGAUUUAAAUUCAAUUAAGUAAGAAUUUAAAAAUUGGUUGUAAGUUAUCAUGAUAGGUGAAUAUAAAAAUGGCCAAAAAGUUGGUUGUUGAG